AUGUCAGCAGCGCCGGCGGGCGGAGAGUGGUGGCGGCAGCAGCAUGGAGGCAGGCAGGCAGUGGCUAGCUUGCCUGCACUGAGUGGCUGGCUGGUUGGCUGGAACGCUGGCGGGAACGCUGAAUCGAGCGCACUAGCUAGGGACUGGCGCCCGAAAGUGGCGCUUUCGGGCAAGGCUCUGAGCCACGACCCGUGCGCGCUCGGCUCGAAGUGA